UAACGAAAAAAUGGACGAAAGACGUUAAGAAAAAUCAGUUCUCUACUUCUAUAUAUACACACCCUGUAUAGGAGUAACACUUAACUAUUACAAUCUUCAAAUCUUAUUUAUCCCCCUUCCUAAAACAACCACCAUACAAAAUAAAAUAAAAAUGAGCAUCACCCAAGCAGAGUUGGUGUUCAUUCCAACACCAGGAAUGGGCCACCUUCUCUCCGCCGUGGAGGUCGCGAAACUCAUCAUCCGCCGCGACCACCGCCUUUCCAUCCUCAUCCUCAUCACCAACAUGCCAAUGACUUCUUCCAUGGUGAACGACUACAUCGAAUCUCAGUCACGUGACAACCCUUACCCAACCCGCCUCACCUUCGUUACACUACCACCUCUCUCCAACCCACCUGACCCCACCUCCCCCUCCUUCUUCUUCGACCUCAUCAACCUCCAAAAACCUCUCGUGAAGCAAGCAGUCGAAGACCGGGCUCGGGCCGGGUCGUCGGAUCUCGUCGGGUUUGUACUCGACUUGUUUUGCCUCACCAUGAUGGAUGUUGCCACUGAUUACUUCAAUGUCCCUUCUUAUGUCUUCUUCACUUCCGGUGCUAACCUCAUGAACCUCAUGUUCCAUCUCCAAUCGUUGGAAGAUGAUCAAGGGGUUGACACGUGUACUGAGUAUAAAGACCCGGAUACCGAGUUAGAAGUACCCGGGUUUAUGAACCGGGUCAAUGUUUCGGUCGUUCCAUCUGGGUUUCUCGAUAAAGACGGUCCUUCUUCUUCCAUGAUUCACGACAUGGCUAGGAAUUUUAGAAAAUCAAAGGGUAUAAUAAUGAACACAUUUGAAGAGCUUGAAUCGUACGGUGUACAAGCUUUGUUAGAACAAGUAGGGAAGAAUACCAUCCCUCCGAUCUACCCAGUGGGGCCCAUCUUAGAACUCGACAGUAAAAGCCGAGGUGGUGGGUCCCAUAGGGAGACUCAUGAGGAGGAGUCAAUGAUCAUACAAUGGCUAGAUAACCAACCUACGUCAUCGGUUGUGUUCCUCUGUUUCGGGAGCAUGGGAAGCUUUGAUGCUUCCCAGGUGAAAGAAAUCGCCGACGGGGUUGAAAAGUCCGGUCACCGGUUUAUGUGGUCCCUACGGAAACCGCCACCGGAGGGAACACUCAAGCUUCUUCCUAGUGAAAACGAGACGUUUGUCGAAGCCUUACCGGAAGGCUUCCUCGAUCGUACGGCCGAGAUAGGGAGAAUCAUCGGGUGGGCCCCGCAAGUUUCGAUCCUGGCCCAUGAAGCGGUGGGCGGGUUCGUGUCUCAUUGUGGGUGGAACUCGACGUUGGAGAGUUUGUGGUUCGGAGUACCUAUGGCUACGUGGCCGAUGUAUGCGGAGCAACAGCUUAAUGCGUUUGUGUUAGUGAAGGAGUUAGGAUUAAGUGUGGAGAUUAGGAUGGAUUAUCGGCGUGAUUGGAAGACGAGAGAAGGGAAUUUUACGGUGACGGCGGAGGACGUUGAGAAUGGGGUGAAGAAGUUGAUGAGUAUGGAUGAAGAAAUGAAGAAUAGAGUAAAGGAGAUGGGUGAUAAAGGUAGGAGAAGUUUGGAAGAUGGUGGAUCUUCUUAUAAGUGGUUAGGUCGUUUUAUUCAAGAUGUUUUAGCUAAUGUUGCUGCUUAAUUUAAUAUUUAAGUUAUUUGGAUUCGUCUAAUAGGGGAGUCAUGCUGCUAAACCGAAGUACCGAACAAUGAUUUUAGAAUUUGAAAACAUUUUACGUACGAAAUAAUCCACAUAUAUCCACUUGUAUUAUGGGCCACGAAAUAUAACUGUAUAAGUGAAUGUUUCAUGCUUUUUAUAAAUUGCAAUGUUCGACCUCUGUUCUUGUUUCA